AUGAUCGGAAAUAUAAUAAGGCGAUUCAAUAGGUCAAUUCCGCGGACCUUCCGCAUGGAUAUGCUACGAGUUCGUCGAAUAUUACUUGUUCUACUCUGUCUCGGCUCAUUGAUCCUGGUUUUUAAAAAUGAACGAGCAUAUAGAAACUUCAAGCUUACUUUUUUUAUGGAGUCGGAUUGGUAUACUCCUGCUCCUGUCGACAAGUCAAGAUGGGGCAAGCGACAAACAAAAGAGGUUUUUGAAAUGAACGCGGGGGAAAACGACGACAUCCGGCCGCCAGAUGCAAUCGGAGCUGGUGCCAAGAAAUGCGGAACGAUCGCCUUUGCCUAUUUCCUCAGCCUGAAUCCUGACUUCAGAAGAACGAGCUAUACAGAAGGACACUGGCUGUACAAGGAUUCGCAAUGGAAAGGCGGAUUCCAGUCUUACAAGCGAAAAUUACCGACAAGCGAGCCCGGCCAGAUCACCUACGAAGGCACUCCUCGCUACCUAGUUGAGUCUUCUGUCCCUGCUAGAGCCAAGGCGAUCAGCAAGGACAUGAAGAUCAUCAUUACUCUUUGCGACCCGAUCAAACGCAUGCGCUCGGAUUUUAUCCACACGACGUUGACGACCGAGCCCCACGCGCAGGAAAUCAAGGGAUACAAAAACAUCUCUUCCUUCGUCGACGAAUGGCUGCCAAGAGUGAAACGAAACAUUCUAGAGCAGGGAGAGGAGUAUCUUACAGACGUCUACUACCAUGACAUUACAGCGAGCAUUUUCACAAACAGUAUCUACUCGCACUAUCUCAAUCACUGGCUGGAUUACUUUCCGCGCGAUCAGAUUCUGUUUCUCGACGGAGAAGAAACCCUAAACGCACCGUACAAGACGAUGGACAAGGCGCAGGAUUUCUUGAACUUGGAUCACGUGCUCACGAAUGAGCACUUUUUCAUCAACGAGGAGACUGGUUAUUACUGCGCCAAGAGGCCCGAAAAUAUGAAGAAAACUUUCUGCCUUCCGAAAUCAAAGGGACGAACAGGGAAUUUGGCCGAUCCUUCUUAUUUGGAGCUUGGAAAAGAUCAAAUCGAAGCGCUGAAGGAAUUCUUCACUCCAUUCAAUCGACAGCUCUGUGACAUCGUCGGACAUUCCAUGUCGUUUUAUGCUGACUUAUGCAAAUGA